AAUAAACUUCAGUAUGGAGGUUAGACAGGCGUUAAUGAGCUUUAGUAUGGGCAUUAGACAGGCGUUAAUGAGCUUCAGUAUGGGCGUUAGACAGGCUUUAAUGAGCUUCAGUAUGGGCGUUAGACAGGCGUUAUUGAGCUUUAGUAUGGGUGUUAGACAGGUGAUAAUGAGCUUUAGUAUGGGUGUUAGACAGGUGAUAAUGAGCUUUAGUAUGGGCAUUAGACAGGCGUUAAUGAGCUUCAGUAUGGGCAUUAGACAGGCAUUAAUGAUAUUUAGUAUGGGCAUU